CACAUACCAAACCUCGCAACUCGUUUCAAACCAUCUUCGUAGUUUGCCUCCAAAAAACACCAGCCUGCCUCCUGCCUCGUGGCAGCACGAUGCUCACCACCGCAAACAGCCGGCAGCACCAUGCCUUCGAGAAGAGCCCUAGCAGCCAUAUCAAGAACCUCGACAGGAAGCUCCAGCAGGCCAUGAACAAUGCGACUAGCAAGUACAUGCAGAGGAUCUACCCUCUGGGAAUCCAGAGGAGCAGCUCCAACCUGACAUUGUCGUCGCUGUCGCUGUCGCAGAACUCCAACGACUCCUCGCUCAGCAGCUCCAACUCCAGCUGGGAGCCCAAGGUGCCGCUCCUCUAUGGCGGCACCUUCAGCCCCUGGGGCGAUGUGAUGGUGUCUCUGGAGAUGAGGAGAGAGGACGACGACAAGGCCAGUGACCAUGACGUUGAAGGGGGUGAGGAGGAUUUCGAUUGCAGUGAGCCGGGGAGCAUGCAUAGGUGCAGCUGGAUCACCAAGAACACUGAUGAGGCAUACGUUCAGUUCCACGACGAGUGCUGGGGGCGUCCCUGGUGUACAGCGACAAGAGUGUGUUCCUCUGAAAUUCCUGCUCACAGUUAGCAGUGUCUCUGUUCAUGCCAGUUUCAUCAAAAUGCCCAUGACUGCACCAGGGAGGUGUUCGCCGACUUCGACCCCAGCACGGUGGCCAAGAUGGACGAGGACGCCGUCGCCGAGAUAAGCGGCAACAAGGAGCUCAAGCUCGCCGAGUGCCGUGUCCGGUGCAUCGUCGAGAACGCCAAGUGCAUUCAGAAGGUGGCCAAGGAAUUCGGGUCGUUCAGCGGGUACAUGUGGGGCCACGUGAACCACCGGCCGGUGGUGGGCAAGUACAGGCACCACAAGUACAUCCCGUUCCGGACGCCCAAGUCGGAGGCGGUGAGCAAGGACCUCGUCCGCCGGGGGUUCCGACUCGUGGGCCCCGUCAUCGUCUACUCCUUCAUGCAGGCCGCCGGCAUGGCAAUCGACCACCUCGUCGACUGCUUCCGCUUCCCGGAGUGCGUCCGCCUCGCCGAGCGCUCCUGGGGCAUCACCAACGUCGCCGCGUAGCCGCUCGGCGGCGGCGCUCCAAAAUUUUUACACUUUUUUUUUUGAUUUGGUAACGCUUUGAAGUGUGUGUGAAAUAUGUAGAGUAUGCUAAGUUAUGAUGUAAUAAUUUUAUUUUUUUUCUCUUUGCACAUUAAAAGUGCAGCGGAUGAGCCUCCUCUAAAGUAAAGUAUUGCAUGGUGACUUGUGCCACUAACGAAUGAGCCCAUGUGCGAUCAUGGCCCAUGCACUAGUGACACCGAAUCACUCUGAAGUAGUGCAGAGGAAUCAUUUCCUACUAAACUAGGCCUGUGACAGCUUUGUGUAACAAUAAGGUUUUUUUGUUAAGAAUUUUUUCAAUCAAAUAUUCAAAUGUAAAUUCAGGCUGCUCAGCUCAACGAGUA